UAUCACCCACGGCACCCUGCGCGUCCGCUCGGCUUCAACUUCAGACAUAUCGGCGACGCGGAGAGAGGCGGGCGCGGAUUCGGCGUUUUCACGAAGCAAACGACUCCGGGGACGGCUCCAGGCUCAUCAUACCAGACAUUCUUACUACUAGAGCUAUGGAAGAACUACUCCAACCUGCUCCUCCGCUGACUGCAAUAAUAUGAUGCGACAGUAGUUUCAAAACCCCUUUUUCAGUCUGAUCACCCCUGCCCCCAACUCGCUCACUCCCAGCCCUCUGCGCAUAUGUUUACCUUUUGUCAUGGCGACUGUUGACGUAGCAGCAGAUCCCUCCCCCAAGAGAAAACAUGGCGGAGGGCAGAAGGCAACAUAAAGCUCACAAAGCAACCGUUGCUUUACAUGGAAAGACAAUGAAGUCAAUACAAAUGCAUGGAUCCUUUGCCGGGUGAAACUGCAUAAUGCGGGACGGACAUAGCAGACUACAAGUGCCUUUUCGUUGCAUGUCUAAUCAAUUAAGUUAAUUAAGAAAAGUUGGAGGAGCGGCCAUUCUGCGCCACCAUGUUAAGCUUCCAGUCAAAAUGGCGCUACUUCUUCAUGUUCUUGGGCAUUCAGUUGGUUGUGAUGGCGCUGCUGUCUCGCGAGGGAUACCAAAAACGGGUGAAUUACUUUAUCCGAAUCUUCCGUAAACCCGAGCAUGGUCGCAAUAAUUCGGGGCUGGUCCUGGGAGGAGACGUCUACGCCAACCUCACGCACCUGCCCAAACCCCACCCACACAGAGAUGACAUGCCCUACUGCCCGCUCAAGUCUCCCCUUAUAGCCGGGCCCAUCCAUGUGAGCUUCCCAUCAGGCCUGAGAUUGGCGGAGGUGCAGAGGAAGAACCCCCUGGUGGUGAGAGGAGGACGCUACAGGCCACCAGACUGCGAGUCCAGGCACCGCACAGCCAUCAUCAUCCCCCACAGAAACCGGGAGCACCAUCUCAAGUUCCUGCUCUACUACCUGCACCCCUUCCUCCAAAGGCAGCAACUCACCUACGGCAUCUACGUCAUCCACCAGGCGGGGAACUACACUUUUAACCGGGCUAAGCUGAUGAAUGUGGGCUUCCGAGAGGCCAUGAAGGAGGAGGACUGGGACUGCCUCUUUUUCCACGACGUUGACCUCAUACCUGAAGACGAUCGCAAUACCUACGUCUGUGACGCCAAUCCCAAGCACGCCGCCAUCGCCAUGGACAAGUUUGGAUACAAGCUUCCUUAUAAGAUGUACUUCGGGGGCGUAUCAGCUUUGUCCCCAGACCACUACCUAAAAAUGAACGGCUUUCCAAACAACUACUGGGGCUGGGGAGGAGAGGACGAUGAUAUUGGAAUCAGAGUCUCUUUAGCGGGAAUGUACAUCACACGGCCAUCGGUCAAAGUCGGUCGCUACAAAAUGAUUAAACACAAACUUGAUGAAGGCAACGAUGUCAAUCCCAAGAGGUUCAACAUGCUGGCCAAAACCCGUCAGACGUGGAAGCUGGACGGCAUGAACACUGCAGAAUAUCAGAUCGUGUCUAAGGAGUACCUGCCACUUUACACAAACAUUACAGUGAACAUCGGCACUGAACAGGGUUUAAAGGAGUUGCCCAAACCACCACCCGCCCCAGCCAAAGCCCCGCCUACUACUGCCCCUAAAGAACCAGUGAAACCCCCAGCUGUCACGCCGACCAAACUAAAAGAGGCGCGCACAGAGAAGAAGAGCACCCCCUAGACUCAACUGAACUGGAAAAAUGCUGUCCGUGCUAUAAGAGGACUUUCUCUCCAAGUAGCACUUCACAUUUGGUGAUAUUUUGAACCUGCUCUACAUAGCGGCCCCCCUUUGCUUCUGUGAAUUCUUCUGUGGGAGCCAAGCAAAGAGUAAUGGCCUAAAGUUGGACUCUAUGAGUUUGAUGUAUCCACAGCGCUGUAGUCGCUGGUUAAGCCUUGUGAUGCCUUAAGAACUUCUAUAUUUUUUUUUCAUGACUUCUCUAGAAUGUUGGAUUUUAAAGGUGCAUUGUGUAACUUUUCUGGUCGAGAGUCUGGUCCGUCACCUGCUGUUUCUAUGGAUAUGUCAUUGUUCUGCCUGGAAUGUUCCACAGUGUGACAUUAAACAGCUCCACCUUG